ACUUUACAGAGAGGAGCUCUGGGGAGCAGACUUCCCCUGUGGCCCCAGAGACAUGCUGCUGCUGCUGCUGCUGCUGCCCCUGCUGCGGGGCUGUGGGCGGGUGGAGGGCCAGGGGCGUUAUGCCCAGCCGGGUUACACCCUUAACGUGCCCAAGGAGGUGACAGUGCAGGAGGGCCUGUGUGUCCAUGUGCCCUGCCAAUUCUUCUAUCCCUGGAGCAGCUGGACUAACUGGAACCCAGUUCAUGGCUACUGGUUCCAUGUACGGGACAGGAAAGAGGAUGCUCUAGUGGCCACCAAUAACCCUGGCCACAAAGUGCGGGAGGAGACCCAGGGCCGGUUCCAGCUCCUUGGGGACCCAACAACCCACAACUGCUCCCUGAGCAUCAGAGACGCCAGGAAGACGGACGCGGGGUCCUACUAUUUUCGGGUGGAGAGAGAUCACUUGAGAUACAGUUACCUAUAUGUCAUGGUCUCAGUGAAUGUGACAG